UGGUAACUAAAGAUGGCGGAUAGAAGUGAAAUUUAGAGAUGUGUGACAAAAGCUUAUUAUUUCCUUGUACAUCUCCAACUUCGAACGAAAAAGAAAAUGCUGUACAAAGUUCGUGUUUGUUUCCAUCUGUAUCUAUUCCCUCUUUGAAUUCUAAAGAGUCAUUUGCCUGGCUCUCAAAUGAGAGCUACAAAGACGAAGGGGCGAAGGAGGAUUGUCCUAAAGUAGAGGAGGAAGGGUUUGGAUUAGAAUCGAGUCAAUCUAGUGAUGACGAAGAAACAACGAAAGCAGAAAGCUCAGAAGAAAGAAGAGCUAGGAGAAAGCGUAGAAAAAAGGAGAAAUCUAGGAAAAAUAAACGGAAAAAAUGUAAAAAAAACAGCGAUGAUAUUAUUUCAAAGUUGAGUAAGCGUCCUUCGACCAUUUGGAUCGAAGAAUCUGGCUUAGACAUUGAUGAAGCGUAUCGUGUUCAUAAAAAACCUGAUUACAAUAAUAUUGGAUUUGGAGGUUUGUAUCGACUUGAUGUUGCCCUUCAUUUUACAAACCCUAAACUGAAAUGCCUUGGAUAUAAUGACUGGAAAUCGUUUGAAAAAAGAAAGGACAAGAAAAAAUCUUCAUGCAGAUAUUGGGAAGUUCAUACUCAUUCAUCAGAUGAUGUGAUUGCCCUGGAUAAAACUGGAAAUGUUGGAUUUGGUUUCAGCAAUAAUUUCUCUUAUGUCCCUCUUGAGCUACCUGUAAAACAUGUGACUGACGAUAAAGAAUCCCCUAUUGAUCCCAAUGAAUCCCAUGUGUCUGUACUCUUAAACAAGACGCGAGAUUUGAAUCAGAGAGUUAGGGAAAAUGUGAAUGAUGUUGAUGCUUGGUUAGCCUUGGCCGAUCAUCAAGCAUUGCAGGUCAAUUCUACUGCAGAAUCCUUGCUUAAUACGGGAGUUGAAAAAUACCAAAAAUUCAAUAAGUUAUCGUUGGAAAAGAAGUGCUCCGUUUUGGAACAGGCUGUUGAAAAGAAUCCUUCGUGUAAGGAAUUGAUUCUUGUAUUCAUGGAUGUUUGCUCGGAAAUCAUGAGUAGUGAAAAAGUGCUAGAGAAAUGGAAACAGUUAUUGUUUUAUCAACCUCAGCGCAUCUCUCUAUGGAGACAUUAUCUUCUCUUCUCUCAGUCUUGUUUCUCCGUUUUCUCGAUAACGACAACCGUAGCCAUUUACACCAAGUGUUUCACGACUUUAUCUGCUAUUCAAUCUGGCCAUUUCACAUCUCAUCAACCUGAAAAUGACAUCGAAGAAGGAAUGCUUCAAAUAGUGCUUCAGCUUUUGUUGUUUCUAAUUCAUUCAGGGCAAACUGAGAAGGCUGUUGCAGCAUUUCAAGCAUUGAUCGAGUACAACUGUUUCCCUCCGAGUGAUGUUAAUGAUGAAAGUCUACUGCGAUCUACUUUUGAGGAUUUCUGGGACAGCGAAGUACCCAGGUUCGGCGAAGAUAACGCACAAGGUUGGGGAUGUUGGAUGGAAGGGCAGAAGAGUCGAAAAGGGGAAGUUGUCUCUCUUCGUGAUAUAUUCCCAACGACAGCAUCUGAAAAUGUUUUGUCGACCUCUCAGGUAGGUAUUGAUCAUUCUCAAAAGUCCAUGUACUGGUUGGAAUUGGAAACGUCACGUGACGAUGAGCAAUGGUAUCCAAAGAAGUCUAGCGAUCACGAAGAUGACGAUGAUCCUGACAGAGUUGUUCUUUUCCAUGAUAUAAAUUUCGUUCUUUUCAAAUUCUCUCGUGAAGAGAUUCGUUUCCGCCUUCUUUGCUGUUUUUUGUCCUUUCUUGGUGCUUCUUUAAAUGUUCUUCAUCGAGAAUGCGAUGAAAUAGUUCAGCUCUUUCUACAAGAUGAGCAGCAGUUCACAUCGUUCAUCGACGGAUACGAAAAUGCGACAAAAAUCAACUCCUCUCGCAUACUUUUUCUUCGUAAUACAUUCCAUCAAUCUUUACGCGUUUUCGGUGGAGAUAUUCAGAGCAAAGUUUGUUUUCACUGGCUUAGUUUCGAAACAAAACUUCUCACAGAAUCAGGAAGACCACUCAGCAAACAUAUUUACAAGAGUGUACGUAAACUGGCCAAGUCUUUGUUGAAGUUAGAACAGCAUCGUAACAAUUUAAAUCUUUGGUUUGCUUACGUACAACUCGAGUUCGUGUACGGAAACUGGGACGAGGCUAGAAGCGUAGUGACGUCAGUGUUGGGGCAAUCAAGAAGUGUUAAUGAUGAGAACGUAAGCAUGAAUAAUUUUCGUUUUGUUCGAAUGUAUUGUGAACUGGAGAUGGGAUUAAAGAAAGAAAAAAAGAUUGCUUCAGAAGCCGUAAAAAAUGCAGUCAUAAUCGCGAUAAUUUCUCUUGUGAGUGGAUCAUCGGCUCAGCUUACCCCAGCUCAAAUUUUAAAGAAUAGGAAAUCUCUGCAAGAUAGGAACCUCCUUCUUCUCCAGGAUAUACGUCUGUUCGAUGAAAUGACAGAUAAGAAAAAAGAGCUCGUGAUUAAUUUCACAAUAUGUUACUCUAUAUUUCAAUAUUGGAGUGCAGGCAUCGACGAAGCCAUAAAAAUUUUGAGCGCCAUGUUAACUGCAUUACAAUCAAUGGAAAUAACUUCAUUUUUUGGUUCGAAGUACAACGAAGACGUGAUGAUCUUUUACAGUAGAUUGUAUCGUUAUCAUUUAGAGACCAACUUCUGUUCAAUCAAACCAUUGAGGGAUAUUCUCGACGCGUCAUUGAAAUCUUUUCCAGAGAACCCAUUUUUUCUCCAGUCUUUCGUAAACGUUCAACUAAAGUCAUUUACCUCCUACACGAUCAGACGCCAUUUUGAUCACGUGCUCGACAAGAGUUCGACGCCGUUUCCAUGGUUUUUCGCUAUAAAGUAUGAGCAGCACAGACAUAAAACCAUUCAAUCUGCCUUGAUGGACAGCAACGACUUUACACAGGCAAUUUAUUCAACUCAACCUUCCCCCACGGGUGUGAUGCAUCGUUUGAGAUCAGUGUACGAGAGAGCUAUCCACCAUAAAAGUGCCAGACAUUGUGUAGCUAUAUGGAGAUCAUACAUAAAGUUUGAGGUAGACAAUGGUAAUUUACGUCAAGCAAAAGCAAUAUUUUAUCAAGCGUUACAAAAUUGUGCUUGGGUUAAGGCUUUGUACUUGGAUAUAGUGAAGCUGUUUCCUGAAUUGUACCAAGAUGUUUACGACAUGAUGGUGGAAAAGGAAUUGAGGAUUCGAGCACCGCAGGAAGAAAUAGAACUGCUUCUUGAAACUCAGUGAAUUUAACGAAACACGUCGACAAUUGUUAUGUUAUACAUCUCUUUAAACGCUGAAUCUAUGAUAACACUGUGGUUAUUUACAAAUUACUACAAAAUACUAUAUACAAUCGGAAUGUACAAAUUAUUUUCUAACAAUAAUGUUAUGUUAUGUCUCGUCACAAUUAAAAUCGACUAUCAAUACUUCAAA